AUGGCAGGCCCUAGACGUGACAGUCGUUCGAGGUCUAGGACAUCGCUUGAUGCCAGGGAUAAUGCUAAAACGUCGAACGACCAAGCUUCCCUUCCUCCUCCCACAAUUCAGUCGUUGUUGUUCGAAAUUUUGAGCAGCCGGAUCGUGCGAUGCAUAGAAUCCGAGCUUUUUCAACUCACCCGCCCUUCGAUCAGAGAUUGCACAGAAGAUUUUAGUGUACAGAAGGCCUGGAUAGCCUAUCUUACCCUUAAAGCUGCCCAAGUCAUCGUGCCGAUUAUGUGUAACAGCAUCCUAUAUCAGGUCAAAUUUCUCUGGACCAGCUCAAUCAUCGUAAACUCUGUCGACCAGCCUUUGCUUUAUAGCGGGAUUCUACAGCUAGCUCGUGAAAAGUCCGAGGAGAGUAAUUCAUUACGAUUCAAGCUGCACGGACAGCACGAGAAACGCACGGCCGAUGGCCAGCUAAAACCUCUAGCAGGCGGCACAGAAGAACCUUUCUGGCAUAAUGGUACACGAUUUACCGUCGAGUAUCUGAAUACUAAUAGCAUUUCCAGAGAUGUUCCAAGCAGUGUACAGCCCCUUGGACUUGUCCCUUGGCCUGGGAGUUCAGCAAGCCAACUGGCCAUUAGCUGCUUUGGCCUUAGCAAUGAACCAGUAAAUAAGCUGUUAGAUGAGGUCAACGAGCGAGUGGUUCAAAGCCAAAGGUUGAAUGUGAUUGAGAUCCAAGCUGGUGCUACAGACAGGCUUCAGCAACGGAACAAGCGACCCCUGUCUAUGGUCGAUCUUGAUCCGGAAUUGAUGGACGAAAUCACCAAAGACGUUCAACAAUUUUUCCGCAAGGACACUCUGGCAUGGUACACAAGUAUUGGUCAACCAUAUCGCCGUGGCUACUUGUUGCACGGUCCUCCCGGCACCGGUAAGACGACUCUGUCAACUGCCUUGGCUUCGCAUUGCGACAUUCCCCUCGUUAUCAUCACGUUAUUGGGUAUGGAUGACAUUAAGCUAAAAGAAGCUUUCGACCGGGCACCUUCCAAGUCCAUCAUUCUUCUAGAGGACAUUGACUGCGCAGGGGCGGACGUUAGCAGCCACGGUGCACAAGCUACAGACAAUGGAUUCGAGCAGGCUCAAGCGGGAUCCUCGAUUCCGGGGAUUCUCCAAACCGAAGUAACCUCAUCAUCACUCUCGUUGAGCGGACUUCUCAAUGUGAUUGACGGCGUCAAUGCCAAAGAGGGUCGGAUAAUGGUCAUGACGACCAACCACCCUAAGAAGCUCGAUCCAGCUCUUUACCGGCCUGGUCGCAUCGAUUGCAAGUUUGAGCUCGGAUACGCCAAUAAGCAAAGCGCUUUGCUAACCUUUAAGCGUCUUUUCGAUAACGACGUGCCCAAACGCUAUACCACAGACGCCAUCAGCCGGUUCGCAAAAGCCUUCCACGACCAGUUCCCUAGCAACAGCAAGGUGACUACAGCCGAGCUUUGCAAAUACUUUGGCCAGUACCGUGGCAGACCCGACAAGGCUGUAGAGGAAUUUGCUCACUGGCUUGAGGUUGGUGCUGACAAGUUCACCUGUCCCAUGGACUACAUUCAGUCGAACGACGAGGAUGGCGUUUACAACGUCCCGGAGCCUUUCGAUCGUUCUCUUUUACAAGUGAGCUCCUCGGACUUGGUCAAUACUGAAGUUGGCGCAACAAAUACUGUUCCCUCUGAGGUCCAUACCGCACGAUCUCAGUGGAGUACGCUGAGUCGGAAACAAGGUAGUGCAAACAAGGAGUUGACAAACACUGGUUGUGCUCCUCGCCUUCGAAGAUGCUGUGUAGGCAUUGGUCUAGCAUCUCUCCCUAUUUUCUCCCUUCGCAAUGUGUUUCCCAUCCCGUAUCGUCUCAUCAACAUUGUUGGACGAGCCGGUCUUGUCCCUUCUGGGGGUGGUGUAGGUUAG